AUGACUCUCGAGCUAUACCAUAGCACCCCAAGCCACAUAGUCAUAGAUCCCGACGGCACAGACCCACAACUACUUCAUAUCUGCGUGAAUAUUCGGAACAGGCUCACUGCUGUGCAGCGAUCAAUCGCGCAUCGUGAUCUUCGCAUUCAUGCACCUUCCUGCGAGCCAUCCUCAUGGCCGCCUUGGAAGAGGAGAUUAUCAACGGAGGAGAGGGCCAAUAUGGCGUGUGAUAUAGGGUACUGGUUAGAUAGAAAAUCGAGAAUGAAGGAGGCCCUUUCGAGGAGACUGGGGGCCAUGACAUUUGUCUGGAGGGCGAGGGUGGAGCUUGAGGAUCAGCGGGUGAAUAUGUUGAAAGCUUUGCAAGCUGCCCGACAGGCUGCACCCUCCUUGAACUUCGUGUAUGGUGACCUCAACGGACACGAGGAGGGGUGUGUCUGUGGCCCUUGGAACAUCAAUAGUACUGGGUCUGUUAGUCAAUUUGGUUACGGGUCCUAUACACCUGAAGAGUUUAGACUGCGCGCCAGGAUAGAAUCUUUAUACACCGGGGAUUACCUUAUUUCUGCAUGUACCGGAGGGCUUUUGGAGGGCCCCGGAUCUGGACUGAAUGCUGUGGGCGCGACUGACAUCCUUAACUGGAGGAAUUCUCCAGUCACAUGA